UGGGAAGUGAAGUUUAGAGGCUUUUCGCUGUAACCAGCUAACUGAAAUACACAAGCACUUUAUUUCACUUCAACUCCCAUAACGCAUAGCGUAUCUGCAAACACUUCCUAUUUACAGAUGACGGCAUUACGCGUCUAUCGUUUAACGUAGAAAGGAUGUACACCUUAUUAUCGGGUCUCUACAAAUACAUGUUCCAGAAGGAUGAGUACUGCAUUCUGAUUCUCGGAUUGGACAAUGCAGGAAAGACGACAUUUCUGGAACAGACCAAGACUAAAUUCAGUAGAAAUUACAAAGGGAUGAGCUUGUCCAAGAUCACAACCACAGUGGGUCUAAACAUUGGCACAAUAGAUGUAGGCAAGGCACGGCUAAUGUUCUGGGAUCUUGGAGGACAGGAGGAGUUGCAGUCGCUAUGGGAUAAAUAUUAUGCAGAAUCCCAUGGAGUGAUUUACGUGAUUGACUCCACUGAUGAAGAGCGCCUGUCAGAAUCAAAAGAGGCCUUCGAGAAAAUGAUCAGCAGUGAAGUAUUGGAAGGAGUUCCUCUUCUCGUGCUCGCCAACAAACAGGAUGUGGAAAACUGUUUAUCAGUCCCAGACAUUAAAACGGCCUUCAGCGACUGCGCUCCGAAGAUUGGGAAACGGGAUUGCCUUGUACAGCCGUGCACAGCCCUCACAGGGCAGGGCGUAAACGAAGGCAUCGAUUGGAUGGUGAAGUGCGUGGUCAGGAACAUCCACCGCCCCCCCAGGCAGAAGGACAUAACAUAGGGCCCCCCAGGGACAGAGCCAGGCCCUCCAGCAGACCCUCACACUCUGACCACGAGGCAACGGUGUUCACAUCGGCCCUGUCCACAACCACAGGAAGAAAUAUCUCACUUUACCUGUGUCCAAAUGUUGAACAUUUCCCACUGUCCUCUGUGAGUGGACAUCCAAGAUAUUUGGAACAGAUUAUUAACUCCUUUUAUUCUUCUCAGACUUGUUAUGGAUACCACGGUCAAAUUAUAACACAAAUAGAAUUUUUUAAAUGUAAGUGUACACAGACAUCUAUACUUUAAAUAUUUUCUGGCCAACAAAUACACACUACUUUGGAUGGGACUGAGCUGACUGUCCUUUAUUUUGAUGUUUGCUUUAAUUAAGAAAUUAGAUUGCAGUUGCUUACGUUGUUUUUCCAUGUUCCAUACGGCCUUUGUUCUGUCAGAAUGCAUUGACCUUUGUCCUUAACUUUGAGGAAUGGUUUGAAGUGUUACUUUUUUCCUUUUAUAUGUUUAAUUAUGUUCAGCAACCAUUUCCGUAAGAUAAGUACAAAGUGCUCAACAGCUGGACUGAACAGAGGCGUAAAUUUUAUUUCUGUGUAUUAAACUUGAAGGUGAACUUGCAAGAAA